GCAGCUUGUAGGUUUACACACAACUUAAAAGAGAAAAAUGGGCACUCUUCCUUGUGUAGUAGAAGAUUGUCAUGGUGUCAUCCAGCUAUACAGCGACGGUUUCGUUAACCGGUUAGAUGACAGCCUAAUGAACUUCAACAUUACCCUCCAAGACGAUGGCUCUGUCGUCUGGCAAGACUCUGUGUUCGACGAGAGACACGGUCUCUGUCUGCGCCUCUAUAAGCCUGUCUCCGCCACAAAAACCUCCAAACUCCCUAUUGUAUACUACCUCCACGGUGGCGGGUUUUGUUUAGGCUCUCGCACGUGGCCUAACUGCCAUAACAGCUGCCUGCGCCUCUCUGCGGCUCUCCAGGCAGUGGUUGUGGCGCCUGACUACCGCCUGGCUCCAGAAUAUAGGCUUCCAGCUGCAAUAGAUGACUCUGUUACGGUCCUGGAGUGGCUCAGAGAUCAAGCGAAGUGUAAGAGUCUUGAUGAGGCCUUCCUUGACUGCGCUGACUUUGAUCGGGUUUAUGUCCUUGGGGACUCGUCCGGGGGGAACUUGGCGCAUCAUUUGGCGGUCCAGUUCGGGCCUGGAUCAGUUGAGUUGAGUCCUGUUCGCGUAAGAGGGUACGUUCUGUUGGCGCCAUUUUUUGGAGGGACUAAGAGGACUAAGUCGGAGGCAGAGGGUGAGCCGGAGCCAAUCUUGAAUUUGGAGUCUCUGGACAGGUUCUGGAGGCUAUCACUACCAGCAGGGAAAAACGCAGACCAUCCAUUUGCAAAUCCCUUCGGGCCUGCAAGCCUGGAUCUGGAACGAGUCGAGCUGGAUCCUAUACUUGUGAUAGCUGGAGGCAAGGAGCUGAUGAAAGACAGGAUCAAGGAGUAUGCAAUGAGGUUAAAGGGUAUGGGAAAGAAUGUUGAUUAUGUUGAGUUUGAAGGAAAGCAACAUGGUUUCUUCACUGAGGACCCAUACUCUGAAGUUUCUGAUCAGUUGCUGCAACUCAUCACCAAGUUUAUGCACAACAAUUAGUACUGUAAUCCUGAAAACCAAUUGUAGGGUGCUUUUUUAGUUUUAGUGCUUGAUAGAUUUUGUGUUUUCGAUCAAGUUAAAUGGUUCCUUUGUUUCGGAUCAAGUUAAAUUUAGAGUUGGAAUAAAAAAAAUAGCAUAUAUGUGUGAUGAAACACUGCAUGUGUGUUGAUAGUAUGUAUUAGUGGAUUUAAGUAUGAAGCUAGUAAAUUUUAAUGGAUUGGCAGUUUGGACUUUGGUGUA